UCGUGUGUGCGCGGGAGUCUCUUCCGGGUUUGCGGGCACCAUGAGCACUAUGUUCGCCGAUACUGUCCUCAUCGUCUUCAUCUCGGUGUGCACGGCGCUGCUGGCCGAGGGUAUAACAUGGGUGCUGGUUUACAGAACAGAGAAAUACAAGAGACUGAAAGCUGAAGUGGAAAAACAAAGCAAAAAAUUGGAAAAGAAGAAGGAAACGAUAACUGAAUCAGCAGGCCGACAGCAAAAAAAGAAAAUAGAGAGGCAAGAGGAGAAGCUGAAGAACAACAACAGGGACCUGUCGAUGGUUCGAAUGAAGUCCAUGUUUGCAAUUGGCUUUUGCUUUACUGCCCUCAUGGGCAUGUUCAACUCCAUAUUUGACGGCCGAGUGGUGGCAAAACUUCCUUUUAUCCCCCUCUCCUAUAUCCAGGGCCUGUCCCAUCGCAACCUGCUCGGGGAGGAUUACACUGACUGCUCCUUCAUCUUCCUCUACAUUCUCUGCACCAUGUCUAUCCGACAGAUCUCUGUUGCUUUUUCCUCUGGAGGUGCCAAGGGACUUAGAAACCCUUACAGCAGGUCAGCAGAGGAAAUGACUCUUGUGCCAACUUCUAACAGAGGGGUCAGGAUGGGCUUGGUGAAGUGGCUCAAUAAUAGAAUGAAAGCUCCUUUACCCCAGAAUAAGUGCAUGGAUCAAACAGAUUCUCUCCCUCCUUCUACAGCAGGAUCCUUCAUUAAAUCAGAUCUGUGUCCAGUCUUGUGUAAAGGAACAAGGCAAACAAAUUAGCAAAAGCCAUCAAGU